AUGCCGGAUGCUUUUCCUGUCGAGUAUCUUCGUCAUCUACGUGAUGAGAUCAAGUUGUUACAAAGGAGUGGUCAAUUGUAUCCAAACGCGACGCAUGUUUUACUGAAUGAUGCAGAAUCAAGUAAAGGAAGAAGCGCGAGAACUUUGUUAUUGGAAAAGCACGGCAUUCUCGAGACGGAAUUGGCAUUCAAAGCCAUUCGUGACCAGUCUUCCGUGCCGUUCCUACGAGAUUUCUACGAGCAGCAAGUGAUAUUCAAGUUGUUGUAUCAAGCAUUGCCAGAAUGGUUGGGACUGACGGGACAUAUGAUCAAGGCGCAACACAAUGCUGGACAAGACUGGGAGCAACACGAUAGAGGCGAGAUUGUGCUUUACCCGUUCCCGAGACCGCCUGUCGUGGUGCAGCCUCGCUUUGGUCAGUUGGUGCUCUUCUCGUCGCAGCAAAUGUUGCACCGAGUGAUGCCAGCCUUUAAGCAACGCUACGCUCUUACCACGUGGAUGUACCAUUCACCGCAACAAAGUGCGAAAGAUGGACGUAAUGUCUUUUAUCAGAGCAUGGAUAAUGCUAUGAAUCGAGCAUCAUGUGAGGAAAGUGCACCAUUGAGGUCUAUGGUCACGAAGGUCCUCCGCUCUCCGUUUCGUAGACAUCUCCUCAAGAUAAUUUAUGAGAAAGAGUGGGCGCAAUCGCUACAGGAAUCCCAUUUGCACACUGAAGCAUUUGGCCAGUACAUGGCAAUGCACAAAGCAGAGUCGCAAGUGAUUGAGACUGCAAUAACCCAGAUGCUUGGAAGAUUCCGAGCUAAAGACGGCGGCAAGAACAGCAAGUUGCCGCAAACGAAGAAGGAGUUGAUGCGAUGGAUGGAAGACGUAGACAACCGCAAGUUUGUCCAAAACCUCCAAUUGCCGUGGUUUUAG